CUAGGAAUCUCGACGACAUUGUCUUGCAGCUUGAAAUUUUCUAAGUGAUCCAAUUGAAAAGAAGGCGGCAUGGAUGGUUUGCAGAGAACGUUGAAACUUGAACGCACCCUUUCAAUUCAAUCUUGUUUUCCCCGAAGAACCUCAAACCCGACAUCUAAUGAAAGCAGCGAAGUAUACAACUCAAUCUCAACGGCGGAGCAUGUUAUUUCACUCCAACAGACUACCCACCAUGACCACACCCAAUCCAAAGCCGCUGCAGCAGCGGCGCCGCCGUCAUCCAAUCCCCUCCGAGACGAGACUGCCAGGCCCGCCGCCGCUUCUUUCCCUGCUAGACCAAGGACACAAUCUGCAAACCUUGCCAUGUACAUUCCACUAUACCAAGCUGCGCUCAAGGGUGAUUGGGAAAAAGCUAAUGAAUUCAUCAGUCUGCACCCAGAUGCAAUUACUGCCAGGAUCUCCAAAGGGUGGGAAACAGCUCUUCACAUUGCUGCUGGAGCCAACCACAUUCACUUUGUGGAAGAGUUGGUGGAGCUUAUGGAUCCAAUGGACUUGGCAUUGAGAAACAAGCAUGAUAACACAGCCCUUUGUUUCGCCGCUGCGUCUGGAAUAACACGAAUCGCGGAGACUAUGGUGAUAAAGAACACAGAUUUGCCAGUGGUGAGGGGCAGCAAGGGAGUCACACCUCUUCACAUGGCUGCAUUGUUAGGCCACAGGGAGAUGGUGUGGUAUCUUUAUUCUGUUACUGAUAGCCAGUGUCUCAAUAAAGAGGAUUAUGUUGGCCUUCUUAUUGCGACCAUCAAUUCUGAUCUGCUUGAUGUCACUCUGCAUAUUCUCAUGCAGAAGCCUGGGCUGGCGAUUGAGCGCGAUCCAAAUGGGGAGACAGUACUCCAUAUCUUAGCAAGAAAGCCUUCAGCAUUUUCUGGCAAACAUGGGCUUGGACUCUGGCAGAAGUGGAUGUACACAAUUACAGGUAUUUCUGUCCAUCCUCAGAGCAAAUUCAGCCACAGCUCCCAUGACAACAAGUACAUUGAAGCUCAUCCAUUCCAUACUAGACUACUUGGGUAUCUGCAAGAAUUAUUUGGAGUGGCAGAUAUGAAGAAAAGAAAGUUAAUGUGCAUGGAAGCACUUGAGUUGUUUCAUUGCUCAUGGGAACAAGCGGUUUUGUUGAGCCGCUCACAACUUGGGGACUUGCUCAAAACUCCUUUCAAUCCAUUGUUCGUCGCAGCAGAAUUAGGGAACAUUCAGUUUGUUGUGCAGCUCAUUCGCUCGUAUCCUGAUCUAAUAUGGAAGGUGAAUGAGCAAAGCCAAAGUGUUUUCCACAUUGCUGUGGUUCACCGUCAGGAAAACAUCUUUAGACUCAUCUACAACAUAGGAGCGCACAAGGAUAUAAUCGCGUCAUAUCUAAGUACUGACAACGAGAACAUGUUACACUUGGCUGCAAAAAUCGCCCCUUCAAAUCGACUUAACAUUGUCUCAGGGGCUGCACUCCAGAUGCAACGCGAGUUGCUGUGGUUUAAGGAAGUGGAGAAAAUUGUGCAGCCAUCGUACAAGGAGAUGAAAGAUUCAGGAGGGCAAACACCACGGAUGUUGUUCACCGAGCAACACAAAAGUUUAGUCAAACAAGGAGAAAAGUGGAUGAAGGACACUGCAUCAUCAUGCAUGCUUGUUGCUACCCUGAUUACAACAAUCAUGUUUGCAGCAAUCCUUACAGUUCCAGGAGGGAAUAACAACGAGACAGGGAACCCGAUUUUCCUCCAAGACAAGUUGUUUGUUGCUUUCGCAGUAUCAGAUGCCAUCGCCCUGUUUUCUUCGGUCACUUCUAUACUGAUGUUCUUGUCCAUCCUAACGUCACGCUAUGCUGAAGAAGAUUUCGUGAGUACAUUGCCAAAGAGGUUGGUUUUCGGGCUUGCAACGCUCUUCCUCUCCAUAACAGCAAUGCUGGUGGCAUUUGGCUCAAGCUUUUCGAUUGUACUAAGGAGACAGUUAGCAUGGGUUGUGUUGCCAGUUGAAUUAGUUGCCUGCCUUCCUGUAACAUUGUUUGCAUUUCUGCAAUUCCCUCUGUUGGCUGAUACCAUUCGUUCUACUUAUGGGUCAGGGAUGUUCACUCUUACACAAAAGGAUAUGCUAUAUUGAUAUAAUUGUACUGUAUAUGUAAUCUUCAUAGGUUAGUCAAAGUUACAACCUUUUUCUUCUCUU